CAAACGCGCCUGUGUGAGUAGCAGUCGAGAGUUGAGAUAGUACGGUCGUGUUUUACGUAUAUUUGUGUGCUGAGAGUGUCAAUUGUUGGUUAAAAAGCAAAAGUAAAAAAAAACGUAUCAAAAUAGUUAAGAAAAAAGUGAACUUGUGAAAAUAGCUGAAAAAGUUUCUCUUUUGUCCCACCGUAUAUAAUCAUUGUGAAAUAGUGUCAGUGAAUUAAUAGAAAAGUAUUUCUGUGCAUUUUAAUUAAAAAAUUAAAGCGGUCUUUAACCAACAAAACAAUAUAAUUUAAAUCGACACACACCUAGAGAGAUUCAAUAAUAAGGAAUAAGCUAAGAUGGGUAACAUUCAUACGACUGGACCAAAUGAGGCGUUAAUUGUUUCAGGUGGUUGCUGUGGUUCCACCAAAAAGCGGACUAUUGUUGGUGGUUGGGCAUGGGCCUGGUGGCUGGUGACAGACGUGCAACGCCUGUCGCUCGAGGUGAUGACACUCAAUCCCAUGUGCGAGAAUGUCGAGACGGCACAGGGUGUGCCAUUAACUGUAACCGGUGUCGCUCAGUGCAAAAUCAUGAAGAUGAUGAACGUGUAUUAUUUUCACCAUCAGGCUGACGAAUUAUUGGGCACCGCCAGCGAACAGUUUCUGGGCAAGAGCGUUAAGGAGAUCAAGCAGACGAUAUUGCAAACAUUGGAGGGACAUUUGCGUGCCAUUCUCGGAACGCUUACAGUAGAAGAGGUUUACAAAGAUCGCGACCAAUUCGCUGCGCUGGUACGCGAGGUAGCCGCACCUGAUGUCGGCCGCAUGGGCAUUGAAAUACUCUCAUUCACCAUCAAGGAUGUCUACGAUGAUGUGCAAUAUCUGGCAUCGUUGGGCAAGGCGCAAACGGCGAGCGUGAAGCGUGACGCUGAUGCGGGUGUGGCCGAAGCCAAUCGAGAUGCCGGCAUACGCGAAGCUGAAUGUGAGAAGAGCGCCAUGGAUGUGAAAUAUUCCACGGACACCAAAAUCGAGGAUAAUUCGCGUAUGUAUAAAUUGCAAAAGGCCAACUUUGAUCAGGAGAUCAAUACAGCGAAAGCUGAAUCGCAACUGGCUUACGAAUUGCAAGCAGCAAAGAUACGACAGAGAAUACGUAACGAAGAAAUACAAAUCGAAGUUGUCGAACGUCGCAAACAAAUCGAAAUCGAAGCGCAAGAAGUGCAGCGCAAGGAGCGCGAACUAAUGGCUACCGUUAAACUGCCAGCCGAAGCGGAGUCACAUCGUGUGCAGACAAUUGCGCAGGGUAAACAGUGUCAGACAAUUGAGGCGGCACGCGCAGAUGCCGAAAAGAUACGUAAAAUAGGUUCAGCCGAAGCUCAUGCCAUUGAGCUUGUCGGCAAAGCAGAGGCGGAACGCAUGCGUAUGAAGGCACAUGUCUACAAACAGUAUGGCGACGCUGCCAUCAUGAAUAUUGUGCUCGAAUCUCUGCCUAAGAUCGCUGCCGAAGUAGCUGCCCCACUCGCCAAGACCGAUGAGAUCGUACUCAUUGGCGGCAACGAUAACAUAACCAACGAUGUCACACGUCUAGUAGCACAAUUGCCACCGUCCAUUAAUGCAAUCACCGGCGUCGAUUUGUCGAAAGUAUUAUCCAAAAUACCCGGAGCCAAGGCGUGAAAUUCAAUGCAACACUCAAGCAUGCAAACGCCUCAAGAUGCCCGAACGAUGAUGUUGAUGACAUAAAGAUUAAAACGUUAAAUGGAACAAGUUGGAAAAUGAUAACUGAAAUACGAAACAAAAGAAAUAUUAUGAUCAAAUAAUAAAUGACACAAAUUAUGACGAAAAAUAGAGAAGAAGAAAGUGCUAAACAUAAACGAAUUAUAAUAUAAAAAUAAUUGCAAAAACAACAAAAGGAAUGCUAAAUUUUAGCACGAUGUUCAGAAAAUAAUAAAGCAAAGUAACAGUUCAAUCUAAGCAAAGAUAAAUAUUAAAAACGAAAGGAAAAUAAAAAAUUGGAUAAAA